GUCAGUCAACAGAAUAACGGUGAAAGGCAAAUGGAGCGACCCGUACAAUGUCUUCAAGUAAUUAUAGUGAAGUUAAAACUGAAGAACUUAAGGAAGUGAAAAUUACGUGGAAACCAUUUUUCAGACAGUUAUUUGUGGUCGCCGGAGUAUGGACGAUAUAUUUCGUGCUCGGCUUAUGUUACGGGGCUCCCAAUGUGUUUAUACCACAGAUAAGGAGAGAUGCUAACUCGACAGAGGCCGUCAGCGAAGACAUGGCUACAUGGCUGACUUCAAUUCACGGGUACAGCGCGUUACCAUGGAUACUGAUUCUACCAAUACUCACUCAACUGUUCGGAAGAAAAGUACCCUUUAUUAUAUUGUGUGUUAACACACUAAUUGGAUACGUCGUAUUUUAUUUCAGCACUUCAACUAUUGUUCUGCUAAUUAGCGAAAUAAUGCAAGGCAUGCUUGUCGGCAGCAAUAUGACACUUCUGAUUGCUAUUGUCACCGAAUAUAGCUCACCGCGAUACCGCGGUAUAUUUAUGACGGUUAAAUCAACCAUAUUCUUUUGUGGAGUAUGGAUAGCCAACGCAACUGGGACUUUCAGCCACUGGAAGAAUAUUGCUAUUUUGGCUUUCAUAUGUUCUAUAUUCUCUUUAACUGCCUUUCUAUGGCCCGAGUCUCCGUCUUGGCUAGCAAUGAAUGGUCGGUACGAGGAAUGUGCAGCAUCCCAUCACUGGCUGAAAGGAUACGAUAAAGACUCUGAAAACGAGCUCGAAAACUUAAUAAACUCACAGAAAGAAUAUCUAACACGUUCUAAACGGAAAGAAGCUUCGGGGAGACGACUCAAACACAUCUUAGAAACAGUAAGGACAAAGGCAUUUUACAAGCCUCUUUUACUGUCAAUGACUGUUAUGUCGCUUUACAAUUUCUCCGGAAAGUUUGUGUGUAGCAUGUACUCCAUAGAGUUAAUUAAGAGAAUAACAAACAGCGAGUCUACGGCAUACACGGGGAUGCUUAUUUUGGAAGCUGUCACAAUAUUCAGUAUGCUAAUUGGGUGCUUGUUAUCGAAGUAUCUUAAAAGAAGAACGUUAUUGCUUUCAUCAUCUUCGAUUGGUAUUAUGUUUUUGUUUUUAAUUUCACUUUAUUUGUACUUGAUUAAUUUGUGUUUAAUAGUAGAGAAUAAGAUUAUUUCGUUACUGUUGUUGACUUUAUUUUCGAUGACAUUUAGCUGUGGGCCGAUGAUAUUAGCCUGUUCUGUUUACGGAGAAUUAACGCCACUGAGAUAUCGGAGCUCGUCGCUUCCAACGCUCGCCAUAUUUUCUGAAAUAUUGAUGGCAUCUGUUUUAAAAAUAUCGCCCUACAUUUUUAAGAUGUUUGGAUUGCACGGCGCAUUCCUUUUUUAUGGGCUUUCGGCAUCUAUUUUUGCGUUUUUAUUGUUUAAAUAUCUUCCCGAAAGUAAAGAUAAAACUUUAUUAGAAAUAGAAAAUUAUUUCAGAGAAUAUAAAGAGGUUGGUGAGAUUUCAAAAGACUUAAUGGAAGAUAAAGACAAAACGUGAAGCAAUUGUGUUGUAAAAAUUAA